ACAACAGUGAGACUAUGUGGCAAGGUGUGAAUCAGUGACCUCUCAUGUUGUAUCUGCCACUUAUUUUCUCAUGUGAAAACAGGACUUUAAGAAGACCAUUAUGUUGGUUAGUUUACCAUUUCUCUUGGUAAUCAGGGCAUUGUGUAAGAUGUGUUCAGAUUUUUCUACUACCGACACAUAUAGUGAAAAAGGACUCCUCUGAUCUGAGCAAGGAGUGUGAUCCAUUCCAUCAGAAGAGAUCAGACUCUUCAGGACUCAGCUGUGUGUUUGUGUAAACUUUACUAAUAUUUAAAGAUGGAGACUCCUGAUCUGGACAUAGAUAAUGUUUCUACACCAUCAAACAACUGUAAACUCCAGAGAAAGAGAUCAGAAUCACCAACACACAGCUGUAUCUCCAUGAAGAGUGACUGUUCUAUGGAUUCUCCUCUGAGGUUUAAAGAUGGAGACACAUCACUUCUACACAGCGAUCUACAGGAGACAGGAGACAGAACAGAAACGAAGAUGACAGAUACAGGGUGUAAGGAAUUCUCAUCCGUCGCUUGGAUAGGGCACGAGCCAGAAUCUGCUGCUGUAAAUGAAAUCCAGAAAAAGUUUAAAUUAAAUCUGAUGAAGAAGUUUCAGUGUUUGAAUGGAGUGAUGAUAAACCUGGGAACCCAAACACUCCUGAAUGAGAUCUACACAGAGCUCUACAUCACAGAGGGAGACAGUGGACAAGUCAAUAAUGAACAUGAGGUGAGACAGAUUGAGGCAGCAUCCAGGAGAACAACAACAGAGGAAACAACAAUCAAAUGCAAUGACAUCUUUAAGCCUUUAUCUGAACAAGACAAACCAAUCAGGACUGUGCUGACAAAGGGAGUCGCUGGCAUCGGAAAAACAGUCUCUGUGCAGAAGUUCAUUCUGGACUGGGCUGAAGGGAAAGUAAAUCUGGACGUCCACCUCAUAUUUCCACUUCCUUUCAGAGAGCUGAAUUUGAUGAAGGACCAGAAACUGAGUCUGAUGGAGCUCCUUCAUGUCUUUUUUAAGGAAACAAAAGAAACAGAAAUUUUCAGUUUGGAAAAGGUUCUGUUCAUUUUUGACGGAUUGGACGAGUGUCGUUUUCCUCUAGAUUUCCAGAACACAGUGAGAGUGUGUGAUGUAACUGAAUCAGCAUCAGUGCCUGUGCUGCUGAUAAACCUGAUCAAAGGGAAUCUGCUUCCCUCUGCUCUCAUCUGGAUCACCUCCAGACCUGCAGCAGCUGAUCAAAUCCCCUCUGAGUGUGUGGAUCAAGUCACAGAGGUACGAGGGUUCAAUGACCCACAGAAGGAGGAGUACUUCAGGAAGAGGAUCAGUGAUCAGAGCCUGGCCAAUAACAUCAUCACACACCUGAAGUCAUUAAGAAGCCUCUACAUCAUGUGUCACAUCCCAGUCUUCUGCUGGAUUUCAGCCACUGUUCUAGAGAGAAUGUUGGGUGAAGCAGAGAGUAGAGAGGUCCCCAAGACACUGACUCAAAUGUACACACACUUCCUCAUCAUUCAGACAAACAUCAUAAAAGAAAAAUACUCAAAGAAGCAGGAGAGUGAUGAAGAAAUGCUUCUUAAACUGGGACAACUGGCUUUUCAGCAGCUGAAGAAAGGGAACCUGAUCUUCUAUGAUGAAGACCUGAGAGAGUGUGGUAUUGAUGUGAGAGAAGCAGCAGUGUACUCAGGUGUGUGUACUCAGAUAUUCAGAGAGGAGUUUGGGCUUCACCACAGUAAAGUGUACUGCUUUGUUCAUCUGAGCAUUCAGGAGCAUCUCGCAGCUCUGUAUGUGCACCUGACCUUCAUGAAGGAGAAGAGAAAUGUUUUUAAACAUAAUCAAUACUCUAACCGGUCUAUGGGUGAUAAUACAAUCUCAGAUGUACACGACAGUGCUGUAGAUCAGACUUUACAAAGUCAGACUGGACAUCUGGAUCUUUUCCUUCGUUUUCUUCUCGGUCUCUCACUGGAGUCCAAUCAGAAACUCUUACAUGUUUUAGUAACACAGACAGGAAGUAGCUCACAGAGUAUAAAGGACACAGUUCAGUACAUUAAGAAGAAGAUCAGUAAAAAUCUUCCUACUGAGAAAUCCAUCAAUCUUUUCCACUGUCUGAAUGAACUGGGUGAUACUUCUCUAGUGGAGGAAAUCCAACACUACCUGAAAUCUGGAAAACAAAGUGAACUUUCUUCUUCACAGUGGUCUGCUCUGGUGUUUGUGUUACUGACAUCAGCACAGGAGCUGGAUGAGUUUGACCUGAGUAAAUAUUUCAGUACAGAUAAGAUAACAGAAGAUGUUGUUCUGAAGAUGAUGCCUGUGAUUGCAGAAUCCAAUGAAGCAAUUAUCAGCUGUGAUUCAAUUGGAGUAAAAAGUUGGUCAUCUCUGGUCUCAGCGCUCAGAUCAGAAACCUCCAAUCUGAGAGAACUUCAUCUGACUGUGAAAACACUGGAUCUGUCCUGGAAUACUCUAGGAGACUCACAAGUGAAGAUUCUCUCUGCUGGACUGGAGAAUCCUCACUGUAAAGUGGAGACACUGAGACAGGAGGCGUGGAUCCACUGUGGAAAAAGAUCAGUUAACACAGCAGUGCGAGUCACAGCGACUAUUUCUGCAGGUCCACUAUACGGGGUCUCACCCAAAGGCGUGCCUAAUUUUCCCAAAUUUCUGACCAAGACACGAUCUCCCACCUUAAAAGGGUUGUGGUAUUGUGGUGUCUCAGAUGAAGGCUGUGCUGCUCUGACUUCAGCUCUGAUAUCAAACCCCUCACACCUGAGAGACCUGGAUCUGUCUGGGAAUAAUCUAGGAGACUCAGGAGUGAAGAGUCUCUCUGCUGUACUGGAGAAUCCUCACUGUAAACUGGAGACACUGGGGUUGUGUAAGUGUGGUGUCUCAGAUGAAGGCUGUGCUGCUCUGACUUCAGCACUGAGAUCAAACCCCUCACACCUGAGAGAACUGGAUCUGUCUGAUAAUAAUCUAGGAGACUCAGGAAAGAAGCUGCUCUCUGAUCUUAAUGAUGAUAAACAUUACAAACUACAGACACUGAGGUGAGUAAUGACCUUUUAAUAAAAGUUUGCCCUCAUUAUCAUUACACAUUGAUACACAUUACAUUUCUCUUCAAUAGCUUUCAGAUUAUCAGGUUAGAAAAUGUCACUAUAUUCUGUUUAAUCAGAAUUUUUCUAACGAUUCUCUUUAAUGUUGUUUUGUGUUCAAAUUCAUCUGAUGGCAGAAAACAGGGAUUCAGACAGUCUACACAAUGCCACAAAUGAGUUCAAGAGAAUGAUUGUUAAUGAACAUUGUGUCUUCUGUCAUUCCUGUAAAAUUCAUCUCAGUUUGUUCUUAAAGUCCAUCCAUCCAUCCAUCCAUCCAUCCAUCCAUCCAUCCAUCCAUCCAUCCAUCCAUCCAUCCAUCCAUCCAUUUUCUACCGCUUAUCCUCGACUGGGUCGCGGGGGGCAGCAAUCUAAGCAGGGAUGCCCAGACUUCCCUCUCCCCAAACACUUCCUCCAGCUCUUCCGGGGGAAUACCAAGGCGUUCCCAGGCCAGCCGAAAGACAUAGUCCCUCCAGCGUGUC